GCUUCCGGCCGAGGCUGUGGAAGAUGGCGGCGGCCGUGGCUGCGCGGGCCGUGCGCGUCACCCUCGGGCGGCUGGUGCCCGCCUGCAGCCGCAGCGUCCUGAGCGCCGCACGGCCCGGAGCGGCUUCCCUGGGGCCCGCUUCCAGAAGGUUCAGCUCGCAGAGCACAUCAGACCCGCACAGGUACGUUCCUAAGACAUCGCUGAGUUCACCGCCUUGGCCAGAAAUUGUUCUGCCAGACGCAGCUGAGGAGACCAGACACCAUGCAGAGGUCGUGGAGAAGGUGAACGAGCUUAUCGCCACCGGCCAGUAUGGCAGGCUCUUCGCCGUCGUGCACUUCGCCAGCCACCAGUGGAAGGUGACCCCCGAGGACCUGAUUUUAGUUGACAACGAAUUGGAUGUCGCGUGUGGAGAGAGGAUACGGUUGGAAAAGGUCCUGCUGGUUGGAGCCGACAACUUCACGCUGCUUGGCAAGCCGCUCCUCGGAAAGGACCUCGUUCGGGUAGAAGCCACAGUCAUUGAAAAGACAGAGUCGUGGCCAAAAAUCAAUCUGAAAUUUCAGAAAAGGAAAAACUACAGGAGGAAAAAAGUCAUCGUGACCCCGCAGACUGUCCUCCGGGUGAACAGCAUUGACGUCGCUCCGUGUUUGUGUUGAUCGUGAAGCUCCUGUUUACGGAAUAUAAAAAUAAACUCCUGUUUUCCGGAGA